UGUACCACAGCUGUCUUAUCCAUUCAUCUGCUGAUGGACAUCUAGGUUGCUUCCAUGUCCUGGCUAUUGUCAACAGUGCCGCGGUGACUGACUGUAUUCUUAACAGCAUCUUGGUAGGCUAGACUAUUUUUGCUUUCCUGUUAAGAGUUUAGGGAUUUUAGGUUCAGAGGGAGCCACCUGCUUACAGUUAAAGGCCGCUAACUAUUAGGAGCUCGUGGCUGCCUGACCUCACACCUAUGCCCUUUCUCCUACCCCACCACUCUGGCUUCAUGGUUUUUAUUGUUACAAAGCAUGUUUGUAUACAUUAAUCUGAGGCUCGCAACAGUGGCAGGGUGAGUAGUAGUACCUGCAUUUUAUAAAUGAGGAUAGGAGGCUUCAGAGGUACUAAAUGUCACUGCUUAGAGGUCUUUUGGUUCCUUUAUCCCCUAUCACCUCCCCUCUGGGCUUUCCUAGGAAAUCACCUUCCACCAAGACUGAGAGAGAGGAGAAUCCACAUCUCCUCAGACAGGUGCUCAGAGAGGGGCUUAGGAAUGGCGCAAUGGAUCUAUCAGGUUUUGCUCCCCUGCCUCCCACUCAAGGGCUUCCUUCCGUCCUGCAGCGGGGAGGCUGUCUGUACUCAGCCUUCUCCCUGCCCCCAGGUGGCAGGACUGCAUUUGUUCAGGAGCAGACAGACCAGCGAGCCUCUGCUCUCCUGGUCUGCUGGUCUUGGCCCUGGCCGUCAUCACACCAGGGCUCCCGCCCCCUCUCCCCUCUGAGCCCCGCCUCCUGCCGCUGGCUCAGCCUCCCAGCCCUGGACACAGUUAGUACACACAGCCCAGAGGCUGAGCUCAAGGAGAAACAAAAGGAACUGCCAGGGUCCCCAUGGCUAUGGCCAGCACCUUCAUACCAGGACUGAACCCCCAGAACCCUCAUUAUAUCCCAGGGUACACUGGACACUGCCCACUACUUCGGUUCAGCAUGGGCCAGACCUACGGAGAGAUGACUGGGCAGCUACUUCGAGGCUCUCCUGGCCUCGCCUGGCCCCCCGCCCACCGCACACUUCUGCCUCCCAUUCGGCCUCCAAGAUCCCCCGAGCCUCGCAGGAGAAGCCUGCCUGUCAGGCGUGGACACGAAAGGCUCAGCUCCAGCAUGGUCCCCGGGUACACAGGUUUUGUGCCACAGGCACAGUUCAUCUUUGCCAAGAACUGCAGCCAGGUCUGGGCUGAGGCUCUGAAUGGUUUUACUCAGUGGAGUGGAGGACAGGGGAGUCAGGAGCUGCCCAAAGAGGCCAAGGGAGAAAAAGACGUGGAGAAAGACCAAGAGCCAAAGCCGGGGGCAGAGCUGGAGGCAGAAAAGGAGCCGGAGCUGGGGCAGGAGGCGGAACAAGCUUCGCCUUAUUCCAUGGAUGACAGAGACCCUGGCAAGUUCUUCAUGUCAGGCUUCACUGGUUAUGUGCCCCGUGCUCGCUUCCUCUUCGGCUCCAGCUUUCCUGUGCUCAGCAACCAGGCGCUGCAGGAGUUUGGAAAGAUGAAGUCACCGGGCAGGUCCCAGAAGGAUCCUAAGCAUCUCCCCGCACUGUCCCGGACCUACCCUCAGCGCCUGGGCCUUUUACCUAAAUACGGGGGCUAUGUCCCAGGUGAGCAUGGCCCAGGAGGGAGGCUUUGGGGACUGGGAUAUUUGUGUGUGUGUGUGUGUGUGUGUGUGUGUGUGUGUGUGUGUGAGUGUGUGAGUGUGAGUGAGUGAUAGAUGGAGGUGGUUUGGGGGAUGGGAACUAGUAGAUACAGGGAGGGGUCCUUGGAUCGUGAGGUUUGGCUUUAUCACUGGCAGAAAAGGAACUGACAUAGCUCCUAGUGGGGAGUGAGGACCAGAGUUUGGAGGAUAACUUGGAGGUUCUGGGUAACUGGCUGAGAAAUAACUUUUCUGUGCCUCUGGCUACAGAUGACAGACUCUUUUGGCCACACAGGGUAUAAGUUCCAGUUCGGCCGCACGUAUGGGCAUCUCACCCAGGAUGCUCUGGCUCUCAGCGCCCUCCAGAAGCAGCUCCUGGUGUAGGUACCUGGC